UUAUAAUAGAUGAACUUGGAAGAGGAACAUCAACUCAUGAUGGAUUAGGUAUAACAUAUGCUGUUUGUGAGGAGCUUUUAAAGACUAAGGCGUUCAUUUUCUUUGCUACACAUUUUCAUGAACUCACAAGAAGCUUGACCGUCUACCCUAAUGUAGUAAACUUGCAUUUAGAAGUCGAACUUGGUGAAGAGAAUAGACGAGUAGCGAUGAAAUAUUUGUAUAGAGUAAAGGAUGGAAGAAAUGAUGACGAACAUUAUGGGUUGAAAUUUGGGCAAAUUGUUGGGUUAUCUGAUGAUAUAAUUCAAAAAGCAACAGAAGUUUCACACAAGUUGAAGGAUCUUAUCGAUGCUAAUAAAGAGAAAUCGACUUCAAAUAAGAUAAUUCAACGUAGAAAGGCGUUACUUCAACUAUCUCAACACCUAUUGCAAAUCAAAAGAUCAUCUAACUUGGAUCAUGAUGGCCUAAGAAGGUACCUUAAAAUGGUACAAGAAGAAUUUGUUACUAGAAUGGAAGAACUAAUGUAA